AUGGACUCGGACGCGAGCUUGGUGUCCAGCCGCCCUUCGUCGCCGGAGCCCGAUGAGCUCUUCGUGUCGUCCAGGAGCAAGAGCGGCGGCGGCGGCGGCGGCUUCUCGGCGGGCGGCGCCGUGUCCAGCUCGACGCCCAGCGACUCACCGGCGGAGCUGAGCGCGGAGCUGCGCAGUGCCAUGAGCGCGGCCGGGGUGGUGAUGGUAGACAAGCUGGCCUUCAAGUCUCCCUCCUCCUCCUCUUCCUCGUCGUCGUCGUCCUCUUCGUCGGCGUCCAAGAAGGACAAGAAGCAAAUGACGGAGCCGGAGCUACAGCAGUUGCGCCUGAAGAUCAACAGCCGCGAGCGCAAGCGGAUGCACGACCUGAACAUCGCCAUGGACGGCCUGCGGGAGGUGAUGCCCUACGCGCACGGCCCGUCGGUGCGCAAGCUCUCCAAGAUCGCCACCCUUCUGCUGGCGCGCAACUACAUCCUCAUGCUCACCAACUCCCUCGAGGAGAUGAAGAGGCUCCUCAGCGAGAUCUACGGCGGCCACCACGCCGCCGGCUUCCACCCCGCCGCCGCAGCCGCCGCUGCCGCAGCCGCCUGCCCAGGCGGCAUGGUGGGCCAUUCCGCGCCUCUGCCGGGCCACCCGGCUUCGCACGCCGUGCACCACCCGAUCCUGCCCCCCGCCGCUGUCUCCAGCGCCUCCCUGCCCGGUUCCGCGGGCUUGUCGGCUGUCAGCUCCAUCCGGCCCAGCCACGGCCUCCUCAAGUCGCCGUCGAGCGCCGCCGCCGCCGCCGCUGCUGCCGCUGCUGCAGCGGCGGCGGCAGCGGCUUCGGGCCCGCUGGGCAGCAGCUUCCAGCACUGGGGAGGGAUGCCGUGUCCCUGCAGCAUGUGCCAGGUGCCCGCCCCGUCCCACCACCACGUCUCCAGCAUGAACACGGCCAGCCUGCCCAGAUUAACCAGCGACGCCAAAUGA